AAAAAAUCGGAAGGCACCCCGAAGGCUGGUGAGACAAUAAAUUAAGUUUUAAUAAUUUCCAAAUUAUGUAUGGGCAUGAUUUGUAAGCAUACAUCAAGAGAAAAGGAGCUCAUCUACAUCGUUUACUACGAAUGCCAAACAAAAAAUUGGAGAGGCUAUUACAGAAGAAUAUGUACAAGAAGAUGAUGGGGGAUCAACAACUUCGAACAACCAAGCUGAUGAUGUUCCCAAAAUACCUUCUUCGGCGUAGCUCAACUGAUGCAGGACAGUAUCACCCAACAGCCUACUCUUUUUUUGAUGCCUUGGGAAAGUUCAACUUACAUCCUACAAAAUAUCUCUGUAACCAUUGA